CCGGAAAUGUGACGUCGCACGAGUCUGCCCCCUCCCUAAUUCAUGCAACGCACAGUGCAGUGGCAGUGCAGUGUGACCGCAUUUAUUUGUUCUAUUUUUAAAUUGACUUGCUAAAUUGAACACACAUAUGGCGACAAAGCGCAAAGUAGAGGUGAUUGUCCCCGCAGAGGAGAGUGACCAGCUCCUAAUUCGUCCACUGGGCGCUGGUCAGGAGGUUGGGAGGUCAUGCAUCAUCCUGGAGUUCAAAGGAAGGAAAAUUAUGCUGGACUGUGGCAUCCACCCGGGGCUGGAGGGGAUGGAUGCUCUCCCCUACAUAGACUUGAUAGACCCAGCUGAGAUAGACCUGCUGCUCAUCAGCCACUUCCACUUGGACCACUGUGGAGCUCUGCCCUGGUUCCUACAAAAGACCAGCUUCAAGGGCAGGACGUUCAUGACCCACGCUACUAAGGCCAUCUACCGCUGGCUUCUGUCAGACUACGUCAAAGUCAGCAACAUUUCUGCAGAUGACAUGCUGUACACCGAGACCGACCUGGAGGAGAGCAUGGAUAAGAUCGAGACCAUCAACUUCCACGAGGUCAAGGAGGUGGCUGGAAUCAAGUUCUGGUGCUACCACGCUGGUCAUGUGCUGGGAGCUGCCAUGUUCAUGAUCGAAAUAGCAGGAGUCAAGCUGCUGUACACAGGAGACUUCUCCCGGCAGGAAGACAGGCAUCUGAUGGCAGCGGAGAUCCCCAGUGUCAAACCUGACAUCUUAAUCAUAGAGUCUACCUACGGCACCCACAUCCAUGAGAAGAGGGAGGAGCGAGAAGCUCGCUUCUGUAACACAGUCCAUGACAUUGUCAACAGAGAAGGCCGCUGUUUAAUCCCCGUGUUCGCCUUGGGGCGGGCCCAGGAACUGCUGCUCAUUCUGGAUGAGUACUGGCAGAACCACCCAGAGCUCCAUGACAUCCCCAUCUACUAUGCUUCAUCCCUGGCCAAGAAGUGCAUGGCUGUGUACCAGACCUACGUCAACGCGAUGAACGACAAGAUACGCAAAGCCAUCAAUAUCAACAACCCCUUUGUCUUCAAGCACAUCAGCAACCUCAAGAGCAUGGAUCACUUUGAUGACAUCGGUCCCAGUGUGGUGAUGGCCUCUCCUGGUAUGAUGCAGAGUGGGCUCUCCAGGGAGCUCUUUGAGAGCUGGUGCACGGAUAAGAGGAACGGAGUCAUCAUCGCUGGGUACUGUGUCGAGGGAACACUGGCCAAGCACAUCAUGUCUGAGCCGGAGGAGAUCACCACCAUGUCGGGGCAGAAGCUGCAGCUGAAGAUGUCCGUGGACUACAUUUCUUUCUCUGCCCACACUGACUACCAGCAGACCAGCGAGUUCAUCAGGGCCCUCAAGCCUCCUCAUGUGAUCCUGGUCCACGGGGAGCAGAAUGAAAUGGCCCGUCUGAAGGCUGCACUCAUCAGGGAGUACGAGGAUAAUGACCAGGUUCACAUCGAAGUCCACAACCCUCGCAACACAGAAGCUGUCACCCUCAACUUCAGGGGAGAGAAAUUGGCCAAGGUGAUGGGCUCUCUGGCUGAUAAGAAGUGUGUCCAGAGCCAGAGGGUGUCAGGCAUACUGGUGAAAAAGAACUUCAACUACCACAUCCUCAAUCCCUCUGACCUUUCUACAUACACAGAGCUGGCCAUGAGCACAGUGAAACAAACACAGGCCAUCCCGUUCACCGGGCCGUACUCGCUGCUCGUCUGCCAUCUGAGGAACCUCACCGGUGACGUAGAGGAACUGGACGGGACUGAGAAGAACACUUUGAAGAUUUUUAAAAAUAUCACUCUGGUCCACGAGGUGGGCAUGGUGCUGCUGGAGUGGCUAGCGAACCCUCUCAAUGACAUGUAUGCCGACGCUGUCACCACUGUCGUGCUGGAAGUCCAGUCCAACCCAAAGGCUCAGAAAGCCAUGGAGACCCAGAGUUCCAUUAUGGACAUGGACAUCUUCCAAACCCGACUAGGAGUCAUGUUGCAGGACAUGUUUGGAGAGGAAUGUGUGGAUUUCAGUGAUGAGAAAAACAUCUCUGUGACAGUAGAUGGGAAGACGGUUCACAUCUGCUUGGAAACGAGGUCGGUGGGCUACGAGGAUGAAUGCGCAGAGGACGACUCCCUGAGAGAGAUGGUUGAGCUGGCAGUGCAGCGGCUCUACGACGCCCUCAACCCGGUCAUCUGAGAGCGGAGAUGGGGCUGUGGUGUUCAUAACAAAUCAGACAUCACCUUUAAACUAAUGAGGGACAGAGUUUCUCAAGCUCGGUCGUCACAGAUAUAAUAACAAAGAAUAAUUUGACAAAUUCACUGUUGAAAGUUAACACGCUGCUGUGUGCUGAUAACAUGUUGCCAAGAGUCAUUGUGAUUUGUCUGACGUCAAUAUUUCUACACUGCCGGGAUCUGAAGUAUUUUAGCUCAUUUUAUACAAAAUCAAUCGAAGAACAAAUCAAUACAGUUGCAGAUUCAUCUAACUAUAGUUUAAAAUCGUUAGUUGCCAUGUCUGGUUCGGUGUCGUGGAAAGCCUCAAGAACAAAUCCCAGUCCCACAACCUUUUAAUAACUAACUAUGUUUAUGACCUGUGAGCUACCAUGUAAAACAAAAAAAGGUAAUUUAAUAAGCUGUGUGGAUAUUUGUUUGCAUAGAUUGUAGUGUUUCUUUUUUGUUAUGCAAGCACUUUUAACUAUAAUAUAUGUAAUAAGUUGACCGUAUUCAUGUAAUGCGCUGUAGGUUUUGCAGAGUUGGUUACUAAUGUGCAUGACUUGUUUACUUUUAACUGUGAUGUGAACUGAAUUUCAAAAUGCACGAAAUGUUUGUGUUUAUUAUAUAUUUAAAAAUUAAUUUCACAAACUGCUGACUAUUGAAUAAUUAUUCCGUUGGUUAAGUUUGAUUAGGUAUUUCACCAGCUAGUGUCAGAAAAUGUUCUUUAAAUGAAUGUUGACGAACAAAAGACUCAAGCAACAUUUGUUUCACUGUACUCUGCCAGGCACUGAUCACCUCAUUUAUUAGUUAAAUAUCUGAACAAUGUGGAUUUUUUACAAUAAAUAAAAGACAUCUUUAU